UAAAGCUGUCAAGUGUUGCUACAAUUUGGAUUUAUCCUGGAUUAUUGUGGCGUUUUUGACAGAACUGGGAUGGGCCCUUGUGCAUGGAUGGAAGACGAAACAGGAGGAGGAAACUCUGCACCAGCUAGGUGGAAUUACGGACCAGAAUUCCACCUCAGUAUUUCUUCAAACGAAGAACCUGGCAAUAACUUUUUCCAUUUGAGCGUAGAGAAUGGUGUCUCAUGCUAUCCAGGAUCAACAGCACACGCUUACAGGCCUUCUCCAUCCAGCAUACACUCUUAUAAGUCGUCUGCCCAUGGGAACUCCAUGUGUCGCCAAGUUCACUAUGGAUCCUCUAUACCUCCUCCUGCGCACCCGCCAUGGCUUUCUGCAGAAGGCCCAUGUCACAUGAAUCCUCCCCCUACGUCCUGGUAUUCUUCAUCUGCACAGUUUCCUCCAGGAUAUCCAGCCAACAAGCCACAAAAUCUGUUAGAAGGACAUCCGUCACUGCAAAACCCUUACAUCAGGUUUCCGCCGACUCCACCUGUAGAUAGUACUCCUGAUUCGAUGAACAACGAAGCAGUUAUUUCGAACUACGACGAGAACAGAGGUUUUGGGCCAUCGAGGCAUCAAGCACUGGGGACUCAUCAAAACUAUCAAAAUGUUAUUCAAGAUGCUGCUUCUGUCCAAGUUAAUUCAGCAGAAGACAAGAGCAAAAAAUCCAAGAACGCGAAGCAUAAAAAGGCGAAGGGUAAAGGGAGAGCUAACACUGAAGGUCGUGAAUGCGUCAACUGUGGUGCCACUUCUACCCCACUCUGGAGGAGAGAUGGAACUGGACACUACCUGUGCAACGCUUGCGGCCUCUAUUACAAGAUGAAUGGCCACAGUAGACCACUUGUCAGACCGAAACGGCGUCUGUCUUCUUCGAAAAGAAUCGGUACCAGCUGUGCUAACUGCAAAACAACGAACACUACUCUAUGGAGGCGAAACCACCACGGCGAGCCCGUUUGCAAUGCGUGCGGUCUUUAUUUCAAAUUGCACAAUUCGAGACGGCCAAUAGCAAUGAAGAAAGACGGAAUCCAAACUCGUAACCGCAAAAUAACUACCAGAGGACGAAAGAGAAAGACCCAUCAGCAAGCGGAAGACAUCAAUAAAUCUUACGGGAAUCGUGACUUCAUGAAUUACAAUUCUAUUCAAGCGUGUCCUCCUGUUUCCACAUACAUGGAAUCUGAGAAUUUGCCUGUUCCCGGAUUGUUCGCUCCUCCACCUCUGCCUCUAACGAAUAACAACAGCUACAACACUUUUGGCAACCUGCAACACGCUAGUUAUGGUUUUCACACUUACUCAUGAGAUUUGUGUUUUGUGUUUUUGAAUAAACUUUACUGAAAACGGAUGUUGUUUAAAGUUACUAGCUGCGUGCCCGGCGUUGCACGGGCUACUUAAAAAAUGAAAGAGAUGUACAAUUGAUGUUUUUGUAUUACUCUGACAUCAUAGUUAUCAAUGAUACAAGUUAUGAGUAUUUUCAAUUAUCACAAAAGAUGAAAAUAUAUAUGCAUUAUGAACUAUAUUCUGUGCUCACGUUAAAAUGAAUUACAUCUGAUAGAUUAUAUCUGAAAUAUUUA